CUGAUCUCCAGCACAUCCGCCUGACCCGUCACUGUUUACAAACCUGUAGACGGCCCGAAACGACAGAAUGAUGCUUCCUGCGUGAGCCGGACAGAAACAUCGUUUUCUUCUGAAUUUAGACUGAGGAGAAUCCCCAAGCUGUCAAAGUCCAACUGGGCCGCGGUCAUGCAGCACCCCAACUUUGAGACCCGACACCCGCUUCAGACGGACGAGCAGCAGGAGACGGGUUUUGAUCCACUUCACAAUUUCAACAAGAACCGCAGCCGAGGAUCUCUUGACAGCAGCUCUUGCUCUCAGUCAACCUUCUACUCGUACAGGAAAGAAUGGGACGACUUGUUCCUCAACAGUAAUUACCUGGCCCGGAUCCGGCAGGCUGGCAUCAGCGGUCGGCUGAGGAGUAGUCGCUUUCGGAGCGUAUGUUGGAAGCUAUAUCUGGAGGUUCUUCCUGAAGAUAAGGAGAAGUGGAUCAGCAGGACCAAAGAGCUCCGGGCCCAGUAUGAGAAGAUCAAAGAGAUGCACAUCACUAACCCGCGCAAAGCUGCAGGCCAGCAGGACCUGGUAGUGAACAACCCGCUGUCUCAGGAUGAAGGGAGCUUGUGGAACAAGUUCUUCCAGGAUAAAGAACUGAAGGGGAUGAUCAAGCAGGACGUGUUUAGAACAUUCCCAGAGAUCCGUUACUUCCAGGACGAGGACGUGAGGACCAAGCUGACGGACAUUCUUUUCUGUUAUGCCAGAGAAAACGAGCAGUUACUGUACAAACAGGGGAUGCACGAGUUGCUGGCUCCCAUAGUGUUUGUGCUGCACUGCGACCACCAGGCCUUCCAGCACGCCAGUGAGACCGCCAGCCCCGGUGAGGAGAUGAAAUGUUUGCUGAGUCCUGCGUAUCUUGAACACGAUGCAUACGCCAUGUUCUCCCAUCUGAUGGACACAGCAGAACCGUGGUUCUCCAGCUUCGAGAGGGAAGUGAGGAAGGGUAAGGAAGAGAUGCUGACCAGCAUCCCGUUCGCUCGGCCCCAGGACGCUGGCCCAUCCGUUGCCAUAGUGACCAAAGUCAACCGCAUCCAGGACCAGCUGGUGAAGAAGCACGACGUGGAACUACACAUGCACCUAAACCGGCUGGAAAUCGCCCCCCAAAUCUACGGCAUCCGGUGGGUUCGUCUGCUGUUUGGCCGUGAGUUUCCUCUUCAGGACCUCCUGGUGGUGUGGGAUGCUCUGUUUGCUGACUGCGUCACUUUGGACCUUGUGGACUACGUCUUCGUUGCCAUGCUGCUCUACAUCCGAGAUGCUUUAAUUGCUAGUAAUUUCCAGACCUGCCUGGGCCUGCUGAUGCACUAUCCUCCGAUUGGAGACAUCAACGCUUUGCUGCAAAAGGCUCUGUUCCUCAGAGAUCCCAAAAACAAUCCUCGCCCGGUCAACUACCAGUUCCAGCAGAACCUGGAUUACUAUAAAACCAGAGGAGCGGACCUGAUGAACAAGACACGGUCAAGUUCAGUGCCAAAAGUGGCUCCUCUCAACAUGAACAAGGUCUCCAGCAGCCUGCUGAGCUUCGGCAGGAAGCUCAUGGGUCCGGCCGUGUCCAGUGCGUCCCCCAUCAACUCCGAGGUGCACCCGUCCACGUCCUUCGCUGCGGCGCCUGCGCCCGUCCUGCAGCACCCACUCGCUGAGCCCCCUCCCUCCUCAGCCCCGCCUCCGAGCCACGCCCAGACUCAGAACUACCGUCUGCUCAAGUCUGAAAGCAUGCCGGUCCAUCUCAGUAAAGAUGGACUUUCAGGUGGAGUGUCUCUCCAAGCAGAGGCUCACACUGAAGCACAAGGCCAAAGUUUCAGGACAGUCAGCUCCUCCACAAGUACAGAGAGCCUUUCUGGUGGGCGGGGUCAGUCCACCACCUCCCCGCCUCUGCCCGUCUCCAGAGGAAGUGAUGUCAGCGCUUCGUCUCCUCCCCCUUCUGCCACCAAGAAAGAAUCUUUCUUCAGCAUCACACGCUCUCGCUCCCACAGUAAAACCAUGGGCAGAGGGCGGGAGACGGAGGAGGAUCUGGAGGCCCAGGUCUCGUUCCUGCAGGGACAGAUUAACGACCUGGAGGCCAUGAGCAAGUACUGUGCCAAGAUGAUGAAUUCACACAUCUGUAAAAUCCAGGAAGUGAUUCUCCAAGAACACCUGAAAAAGGAGGAUGAGGUCCUGGUGUCACUGGCUGGACUCAAACAGAUCAAAGACAUCCUGAAGGGGGCGCUGCGCUUCAAUCAGAGUCAGCUGGAGUCUGAGGAGAACGAAGAGAUCACCAUCGCUGACGAUCACUACACCGCAGCAGCAGCGGCGGCUGCGGCGGCUGCGGCGGCAGCAGAAACGGCUCUAAACACGAUCGUUCAUCACAGCGAGGUCCAAUCAGGAGAAGAUGGGAGGCGGAGCCGAGACCCCCACCUGGACGGGUGCGUGAGCGACGAGGAACCAGCGGUGACACCGCCCGAGCAACAGGCGGCGUCUCUGGGCUCAGAGGGGAAGAACUGGGACGAUUACAUCCUCGUGUCCCAGGACGGAGACCUGCUGGCCGAGGGCAGGGACGGGGGAGGGGGCGGCGCCGUGCCCGAGCACACGCUCGCUAUAAGGAGAGGGCGUGGUGUGGUGCGAAUGGAGCCCGAGGGUGCCCCAGGGACUUUCCACGACCCGCUGAUGGCCGGCACCACCUCGGGCUCCUCCAGCCCAGAGGAGGGCUCCACCCACAGCAAGGACUCGGACUUUACCAUUGUCAACCCCAACGACCUGUGAAUGA